AAUAAAAUGAGUUUUGAUCCAGCAGAACCACCUAUUCCUGAUGAUCCUGAAGAGGAAAUCAUUCCUUACGUUGGUCCUCCUAAAUUAUUACCUGUUGUCAUCAAAACUGGAGAAGAAGAUGAAUAAUGUUUAAAGAUAUUUAAAUGUAAGCUAUUUCGGUUUAAAGAUAAUGAAUGGAAAGUAAGUUUUAAGAACUAUAAUUUAUAGUAAAGAGGUUAAGGUAUUUUAAAGUUUUUAAAACAUAAUGAGACUAAUAAGUGUAGAAUACUUAUGAGAUAAGAUGCUACAUUUUUUAUUAGAGCAAAUCAUUUAGUGACAGAAAUUAUUACAAAGAGUAUGUUUCAUCAAUAUGGUUAUGAAUGGAUUGGAAAAGAUAAAAGUGAUGGAGAAAUUAAAUUGGAACAAUUUUGUGUAAAAUUAGAAAAUGAGGAAGAUUAUGAUUAAUUCUAUCAUUAUUAUGAAGAAUGUCGUAUUUAAAAUAAAGAUGAAGAUUGA